AUGGACGAUCUGAACGGUUUGAGCUGGUCCUCCGACCCAAAGGAACCCAGUAAACCCCCCCCAAUGAGUUCUGGCCUCUUGUUUCCGACCGUGCGACCGAGUGGCCCCUCUUCUGGCCGCUCUACUCCGAUGUCUGCAUCCUCGAACCGAUCGAACUCGCCAGCGAAACCUGCUACAUCUACGGGGGAUAGCUUUGCAAAUCUGGUCUCAUUUGGUGGCCCAUCUGCUACAAAUAAGAACCUGUCUCUUGUGGAGCAGCAGAAGCGAUUGCAAGAGGAGAAGGCCAAGAAGGAGGCUGACAACCGCAGUCGGUUCGAAGCCCAGUACGGGGGGCAAAACUCCCAAUUUUGGGACAACCUUGAGCAAGGUCGCACUCAGAGCCCUGCAAUUACGACAGCAUCUCAAUCAACACCAGCGCCUGCUGACGAUGACGAUAUCCUGGCUGCCUUCAACGCUGCUGCGCCCGUCGAUGCAUCUACGCAUUUCCCUGUUCCCAGCUCCCGUUCCUCGCCCCGAGUGGACACAAAUGCACCUCCGGAAGCACCCAGCGGUGGAAUUGCUAUGCAUGAUCACACACAGGGCCUGGCAGCCUUUGAUGAUGAUGACCCCUUCGGCCUCAAUCAAUUGAAGCCUAAGGCGGCCCCCGCACCCCCACCCGAACAGGGCGAUGACGACGACUUUCUUGGUCUGUUGGGGAAACCAGUGUCUGAAGUCGCCCGUCAACAACCACAACCGCCGUCUACAGGACCCUCGCCUGAGUCAUCGGAUUAUGAAUAUGAUGGAUCGCCAAUGCCGGAGGUGGAUCGGGCUGUUGCCGAACUGGUUGAUAUGGGGUUCCCCGCGGAUAAAGCUCGCCAGGCUCUCAGAACAACCAAGUCAUUGACGGACGUCCAGGCUGCCGUUGGGUGGCUUCUUACCCAGGCCCAUGCUGAAUCUCGACAAAAGUCUCAACCGCGCUCUGCGCCUAAUGGACACCCCACUGACCGUGCCGAACGAAGCACUGAGCGAAAUGAGAGACGUAACCGGGAUGUACCAUCCUGGACGAGAGAAGGCAGAUCUCAAACUCCUCGAUCGCGCGAAGAUAGUCGUAGCCCGGCAUAUGGAGACAAGGGCCCGUCGCAGGUGGCGUCGCAAUUCGGCAACAACUUUUUGAAAACAGCCAAUUCACUUUGGAAGACGGGGAGCAAGAAGUUCCAGCAAGCCGUGAAUGAUUUUAAUACCGAGCAUGACCCUAACCAGCCUCGUUGGAUGAGAGCUGGAACACCCGCACACGAGGAAUCGCUUCCGCAGCCACGACGCUCGACUGGCCGUGACCAGGCGAGCCUGUCUCAAGCAAAAGAACCAGGAUUCACUGAUGAGGCGCUCCUCCUUGAGUCUGGAGGCUCUGGGCCGCCUCGGAAACCCACUCGUCCACGCGAUACUCCUCCACUCGCUCCUAAUGACCAUGUCUCGCGCAACCAACCGUCUCCAGACCUGGCCCAGCGAAUGCAGCAACCAAGCUUUUUGCAACGACCGUCUCGGCCAAGUUCGCAGGAUCCCAAGUCCCGUCUUUCCCGGCUCGCUGCAGAAGAGCAGUCAGCGCAAGCGUAUGUUAGUCCAGCGAGACGAAAGCGCCCUCAGGCGCCACCGCCAGCCUCUGAAACCGAGGUUGACUUGUUUGAUACUUCCGCCCCUUCGACUGCUCGGCCGAAACCAACGUCACCAGCCCAAGCUGCGCCUCCCCCGACACGGUCUGCGUCAAUCCCCGUCCGCCCGAAAGCCCCGCCACGUUCCAUACCGCCUGUAUCCCAGGAAGCUCUUCAGUCUACCCAUCGUCACCGUGGCAAGGCUGCGGAUUCUUACAAGCGAGGUGAUUAUGGGGCUGCACACCAGAGUUUCUCUACCGCCCUUGGCAUGCUUCCUGAAAAGCACCCGAUCACGAUCAUGAUUCGCAGCAACCGUGCUAUGACGGCCUUGAAGAUUGGUGAACCCAAGUCUGCCAUUGGUGAUGCAGACACCAUUUUGGCGGUGAUCGGUUCUUCCAAGGGUGAAUCGGAGAUGAUCGAAGUGGGGAAUGGCGAAUCCGCCAAACCCAUGAAAGACUUCUAUGGAAAGGCUUUGAUGCGCAAGGCCGAGGCUUUGGAGCAGCUGGAGCGCUGGGCAGACGCGGCGCAGGCCUGGAGAUUGGCGGUGGAGUCAGGUCACGGUGGAAGCACGAGCAUCCAGGGUCGGAAUCGGUGCGAGAAGGCUGCUGGGAUUAGCAAGCCUCCAUCGAAGCCGUCAGCCCCGGCAAGGAAAAAGCCGGCCCCGGUACCCAAGAAGACCUCUGCUCUUUCGGAUCUGGGAGGUGGCCAAUCUGACCAGGACUCUGUCGCCGUUGGUCGUUUGCGGGCAGCCAACCAAGCUGCUGACCGGGCCGACGAGGAGAAGUUUGCCCUUUCGGACAGCGUUGACGCCAGGUUGGCAGCCUGGAAGAAUGGGAAGCAAGACAACCUGCGUGCGCUCUUGGGUAGCUUGGACGCGGUGCUCUGGCCCGAAGCUGGAUGGAAGAAGGUUAACUUGUCGGAGCUGGUUCUACCGAAUAAGGUCAAGGUCCAGUACAUGAAGGGGAUAGCCAAGGUGCACCCUGACAAGAUCCCGACUACUGCCACGACGGAGCAGCGCAUGAUUGCUGGCGCCGUAUUUGGAACCCUGAAUGAAGCAUGGGACAAGUUCAGGGUUGAAAACAAUCUCUGA